AUGGCAGAUCCAAGCGGCGCUCCCCCUCAGCCUGGACCAAACGAUACUUCUACCGCCAUUCUGAGACCAAAGAAAUCGCCAAAUCGUCUCAUCGUUGAUGAAGCCACUUCCGAUGAUAAUUCAGUUGCAACUCUGAACCCAGCAACUAUGGAGACUCUGCAGCUAUUCCGUGGGGACACGAUCAUCGUAAGGGGAAAGAAGCGACGCGAUACUGUUCUCAUCUGUUUAAGUUCAGAUGAUGUUGAGGAGGGCCGGGUGCAAAUGAACAAGGUUGCCCGUAAUAACUUACGGGUGAAACUCGGUGACCUUGUAAAUGUCCAUUCAUGCCUUGAUAUCAAGUACGGCAAGCGCGUACACGUUCUUCCAUUUGAUGACUCCAUCGAGGGUCUCAGUGGAAAUAUCUUUGAUGUUUACCUUAAACCUUACUUCCUUGAAGCCUACCGUCCUGUUCGCAAGGGAGACACCUUCCUUGUUCGUGGUGGAAUGCGCACAGUCGAGUUCAAGGUGAUUGAAACUGACCCAGCCGAAUUCUGUAUAGUUGCACAGGAUACCGUUAUCCACACAGAGGGUGAUCCCGUAAAGCGUGAAGAUGAAGAGGCAAAUUUAGCGGACGUUGGCUAUGACGAUAUUGGUGGCUGCAGGAAACAAAUGGCCCAGAUCCGCGAACUUGUUGAACUCCCUCUCCGCCACCCACAACUGUUCAAAUCCAUUGGUAUCAAACCGCCAAGAGGUAUCCUCAUGUUCGGACCUCCGGGUACUGGUAAAACUCUCAUGGCACGUGCUGUUGCGAACGAGACCGGUGCAUUCUUCUUUUUGAUCAACGGCCCCGAGAUCAUGAGUAAGAUGGCUGGUGAGAGUGAGAGCAAUCUGAGAAAAGCGUUCGAGGAGGCAGAAAAGAACUCUCCGGCUAUCAUCUUUAUUGAUGAGAUCGACUCGAUCGCACCUAAACGUGAAAAGACUAAUGGAGAGGUUGAGCGCCGUGUUGUUUCCCAGCUGCUCACUCUUAUGGACGGCUUGAAAGCUCGUUCGAAUGUUGUUGUUAUGGCUGCUACUAAUCGACCAAACUCCAUCGACCCUGCUUUGAGGCGGUUCGGACGAUUCGAUCGCGAGGUUGAUAUUGGCAUUCCCGAUCCAACUGGCCGUCUUGAAAUUUUGCGUAUUCACACCAAGAACAUGAAGUUGGCCGACGAUGUGGAUCUAGAACAAAUUGCUGCUGACACACAUGGGUACGUCGGUUCAGACGUCGCAUCUUUGUGCUCGGAAGCUGCAAUGCAGCAAAUUCGGGAAAAGAUGGAUUUGAUUGACCUGGAUGAGGACACCAUUGAUGCUGAAGUGCUUGAUUCUCUUGGUGUUACGAUGGAGAAUUUCCGCUUUGCUCUUGGCACUUCGAACCCUUCGGCACUGCGGGAGACUGUCGUCGAAGUUCCCACUGUUACAUGGGACGAUGUCGGUGGUCUGGACAAGGUCAAGCUAGAACUGCAGGAGACCGUGCAGUACCCUGUCGACCAUCCUGAAAAAUUCCUCAAGUAUGGCAUGUCGCCGUCGAAGGGUGUCUUGUUCUACGGUCCUCCUGGUACUGGUAAAACACUACUGGCUAAGGCCAUCGCCAAUGAAUGUAAUGCCAACUUCAUUAGCAUCAAGGGUCCCGAGCUGCUCACCAUGUGGUUCGGUGAAUCAGAGGCGAAUGUCCGUGACGUGUUCGACAAGGCUCGCGCUGCUGCUCCUUGUGUUAUGUUCUUCGAUGAACUCGAUUCCAUUGCUAAAGCCCGUGGCGGAUCUUCUGGUGAUGGUGGAGGUGCAGGCGACCGUGUACUCAAUCAGAUCCUCACAGAGAUGGAUGGUAUGAAUGCGAAGAAGAAUGUCUUCAUUAUUGGUGCGACCAACAGACCUGAUCAAAUUGACUCGGCGCUUCUCCGUCCGGGUCGUCUCGAUCAGCUGAUAUAUAUUCCUUUGCCCGAUGAGCCAUCACGAUUGUCGAUUUUGACUGCUGCGCUGAAGAAGUCCCCAAUUGCACCUGAUGUCAACUUGUCCUUCCUCGCGAAUCGUACUCAUGGUUUCUCUGGUGCUGAUUUGACGGAGAUAUGCCAGCGGGCAGCGAAAUUGGCAAUCAGAGAAUCGAUCGAGUCUGAUAUCCGGAAACAGCGGGAGAAGAGAGAAAAAGAGGAGGCUGCAGGUGAUGAUGCCAAGAUGGAGGAAGACGAGGAGGAUGAUCCCGUACCACAAAUCACAAAGGAGCACUUUGAAGAAGCAAUGAAAUACGCUCGUCGUUCGGUGUCUGAUCAAGACAUCCGACGUUACGAGAUGUUCUCCCAGAACCUACAACAGUCCAGAGGGUUUGGGAACAACUUCAGGUUCCCUGAGGGUCAGGAUCCUUCUGGUAGUGCGCCUUCGGCACCUGCCGGAAAUGCAGGUUUCGCAGAUGAUUCACAAGAUGACGAUUUGUACGCAUAGUUGGAGUGCAAGCUUCGCUUCUUUUCUACUCCUUUCCUUAGCUCUCGUGUCUUAGUUGGAAUCUUGCCUCAUGAUUGAAUGAUAGACUGUGCACAGUUUCUGUACGUUAGAUAUAACUACACAGCAAUAAAGCGACGAAUUGUAUCUUUUCACAUUUUCACUA